AUGAGAAAUUUUCUUAAUAAGGAGAAACUUUCUUCAACACUUACAGGGGCUCUUAACAAAGCCAGGACUUCUAUUGCGAAUGUAUCAAAUAAGCAAAGACAAUCUGAUAUAAAUAGCUCAAGCUUUGCUUAUGAGGAUGAGUUUAUAAUUGAAGAUGAUACUGUAAUGUAGAGUAACACAAACUUUCAGACUAAUGAUUCUGAUAGCCUCCCAUCAUAUCUCCCAUAAAAUAAUGUCUUUGAUGAGAAUUCAUUUGAUUUUAAAUUGGUUGGAGGGCCACUACAUAGUGAAGUACUAAUAGCUAGUGCUACCAUGAAGAAAGGUGAGAAUCAAGGGCUACCGAUUCCAUUACAUUGCACUUGGUACAAUGUAUCACCUGACAGCAAUUAGUUCAAAGAAAUUGAGCAUGUAACAGGAGCUUGCUACCAGCCAAGCAUAGAAGAUGUGGGUGAGAGGAUAUGCGUCCAUGCUAUUCCAGCAAGUGAUGCUGAGGAAUAUUAAGGCAUGCCUAUGUUUGCAGAAGUAGGCCCAAUUAUUUUAGAUUAAAAAAUAGAACAAAAAGCUCAACGCUUAAUAGAAAUCAAUGAUUUUGAGUUUAAUGUCUCAAUAGACAAGCUUAAAGAUUUAAAGGUAUUAUAAUACAGUGUUGAAAAAGAAAAUCAAGUGAAUGUAAAAUUACCAUUAAAGAGCAAACUUGUUAUUAAAGAGGAAAAAUUGAUAUUUUAGAAUCUAAAUUAUACUGAUCAGGUUAUAUUGGAAUUGGAAAUAAAUGAAAGCUUAAGCAUAUUGAUCGUGAAGCAUGUAAAUAAUAAGAUAGAGGUGCAACUAGAUGCAUCAUACUUUGGAUUCAUGACUUUUGGAAAUAAUAUUGAUAGAGAUGUUUUUAUGUAUUGCUAUCGAUAGCUGAGGCCUUAAAUUUUAGAAAAUCUAGUUAAGAAGGGAGAAUUAUAAGCAUAGAAAUUAAUUCAGUAGCAAUUAUUACAAGAAUAACUUUAGUAGAUGAAAGAUAAUUGUCAUGAUAUUUAGCAUGCAGAGGAAAAUCCUCUGGACCAGAAAAGUUCUAAUUCUAGGAAAUCUGAAAAUGAUAUAGAUUUUUAGGAUAAUUAAUCCUAGGUUCAAGAUAAUAUGAAAGAUGUAGAUAUUAAUUUUGAUAUGAAUCAUAUUUCUUCUUAAGCUGAUGAAACUUAGACUUUCAACUUUUUUGAUUUCUAAAGUAACCAAAAUUAGACUGCUAAUAGCAAUAUUAGUCAUAAUUCUUUUGAUAAAGAGAAAUAUUCUAAGAUUGAGUAAGAGUUAGAGUUGAAGAAUAUUUAGAUUUCAGAUUUAAAUGAAAACAUUUCAGAACUUACCAACAAAAAUCAAGAUCUACAAUAGCAAGUUGUAACAUUUAGACAAAACUAUGCCAAGAAGAUAGACUAGAUGAAACAACUAGAAGAGAGUAUGAGUAAGUUAAAGUAAGAUGUAAGCUUCUUCAAGCAAGAGGCGUCAUUAUAUGAAAGAGAAAAUAAAAAGAUAACGAAAUAACUUGGCUAGCUCUAAGCUCAGAAGGAUUUACAUGAUCUCAAUCUUUAGAAAACAAUAGCAGCUUAUUAUGGAAAUGAUAUAAGCACAGAAAGAAGUUAAAUAGACAUGGCACUGUAAACUGAUCUUGGAAUAGAGGAACUAGAAUCUCUAUAAAAGCAACUUUAAGAUAUGACUGUAGAUAGAGACAAGAUGAUAGGUGAAUGCAAUUAUAUGAAAAAGAAGCUGCAAACACUUCAAUCAGAUAAUGAGAAAUUGUAAAAGUAAAUCACCAAGCAAGAAAACUAGUAGAAUCAGUCUCAAAUAUUAUUAGAGAGGCAGUCUCAAAGUCUUUUCAUGUGUGGAGGGUGUUCAGCAGAAGUAUUGGAUACUUCCAAUAGCUCAUCAUCGACUGGAAGAAAUUAUAACAGCGUCCAUUAAUCUUUUAGUAGAGAUGCUAAGGACUUCCCUAGAAAGUCACAUACAAUCGUCUAAAACACUCAUAGUCUAUAUAAUUCUACUUACAGGUAAAAGCCUUCACUCAAGGAUAUCAUUACUCCAAAAGUAAAUCAAAUUAGCAGCCACUAGCACUAAGCACCAGAAUAGGUCUUUAACUAUCCAUCUAUACUUUAGAACUCAGACGAGAAACUUAGACAUAAUGAGAAUCUUAACACUAUAAACAUGAACUAGGAUCUUAAUAUGUUCCAAGCAAAUGAGGAAUUAGUUGAUGAGUUUGUUAACUCCCUCCAUCAGACUAUGAUAAGUACUUCCAGAGAUUAAUCAUUCCCAGAAGAGCGAUUAAGUGCUCUUAUCGAGGAAAAUGCUUAAAUGAAGAUAGAUUUGGAGAGAUCUCUUGAGAAAAUGAAAUAGUAAGACUACUUGAUAGAGGAGUAUAAGAGAUGUGUAGAUGACGAAAUCAAAAAGAGCAACUAAUACAGAGCACUUAUAGCUUAAAAAGGCUCUACAAGUAUCGGAUCAAUCCUAAGUGGGAAUAAGUAAGUAGAGCAAGUGUAGAAGCUCGUGAAUCAUUUGACCUUAGUCAUAGGGGAAAAGGACGAGGAGAUUAGUGUGACUAAGAACAUAAACAGAGAACUGGCAAGAAAGCUAAAGGAAUUGACCAUAAAAUGA